GAAGAAUGAAACCAGCGAAGCGGUAAAUACAUAUGUUUAUGUAAGCUUGUAUUUGCAAGACGAGCAAUACGUGGAAAAUCUUCGCUUUGGCAAAAAAAUCAGGGACAUAGACGCUUCUAUAGAGGAGGAUAAUAAUAAUGAUUAGUGUUUUAAAUGAAAGGCAACUCAAGCGUCUUUCAGAGCACAAGUAUAGCGCGGAGUGUUGCACGAUUUUAGAUCCUUAUUUUCAAGUCUACUGGCGAUGGCUUGUUGAACAGUUGCCGUUGUGGUUGGCUCCAAAUACUCUUACAGUGUCGGGAUUAGCAGUCAAUGUUAUCACGUCACUCAUUUUAAUUGGUUACUGCCCUCAAGCGAAAGGAGAGGUGGGUUUGUGCAUAAAAGCAGGUUAUUUAAUUUGAAGUGAUUGUACGAUAAAAACUGUACAUGUAUUGCAUGCAUGAGCUUUCAAUGUUCAUGGUAAAUAAUGCAUGUUUUUCUUCACUUUGUUUUCCUUAUUGAAUACAGUCUAAAUACUUGUCCUUUUUAGGUCUUGAAUCUUUCACUAUAAAGUAUUAUUUGCCAUUAUAGGAUUUUAAUCGUCUUUUUUAAUGAAGCAUUUACAUUUUACCUUUGCGGUCUGGCUUGCCGGUAGACGAGCUUCUGGCGUAUAAAUUCACAUGUAAGAUGAACUUACAUGUAUAAAGCUUAAUUAGACAGUGUAAGUUUCUGUUAAAACUUAUAACAGACUACGCCCCUCUAUGGCACCAUUUAUUAGCUUGCAUUUUCCAAUUUCCCUUUUGUUGUUUGUACAAUGCUUGGUUAAUUUAGGUUUCUGGGAACUGACCACCUACCCCUCCCCUAAGCCAACAAUUUGCCCUAAGUGAGAAGUCAGUGUUAAUGUUGGCUUAGGGGAGGGGUAGGUGGUCAGUUUCCCAGAAACCUAAAUUGAUCAUCAAUAAAUCACCAGCUACUGUGAUUAUAAACCAGGGAAAUGCCUGUACCAAAGGCUUUUGUCCAUAAAUUAUGGUAGCCCAGGGUUUUUAGGGACAAAAGCAAAUAGGUUUAAGCUUUUGGACAUUUUCCCAAAAUUAUUAUUUUUUUAGAAAAUUUUUCAACUUUUUUAAAGAAAACAAAAGCAAAUAGCCUUGUUUAAGCAUUUUGUGGCAUUUUCCCAAAAUUAUUAUUUUUUUUAGAAAAUGUAGACUUGAACUCAACUUUGAAAAAAACAAAAUAAAUAAAACAAAAGGAAAAAGGCAAUUCAAAUGCUACCCUAAUACUUGGCCUCUGUAUAAAAUGAGUAUUAUCAAAGAAUUUUACUGACUUAUUUUGGGAGAAGGAGCAUUUUUUUCAUUAUUCAGGGGGAAAAUGGAGCAUUUUAGUGGGGGAAAUUAACGCAAAAUACACGAAAGGCCUCUGAUGAAUCUGCCCAUAGUUUUCUUCUUGGGGCUGAAAUUAAAACCACCAUAUUUUCGUAAUUAUAAAAUAUCUUAAGUUGGUAUUUAUUUCAGACUUGGCUAGCUUGACCUGCUCUGCAUUAAUCUGUUUUAACCAUAUGGUUGACCAGUGCCGAUAAUAACAUAACUGGUUACUAAUUGAGUAACUUGGGUUUUCAGUCAAAGUCAAAUCCAACCAUUCUACAAAUUUACCUAAUUAGUAACCAAGAACACAUUAAUUUUCAUCGUUGUGCUUCUUUUUCUUUCUAGAACUACUAAAGAACUUUUUAAAAACUUUUCACUUGAUCUGGAACAAAACAAAGAUAAAUGGUCAUGUAUACUAGUGACAAAACUAAACACAUGCUCAGCCCUGUAGUAUUUUGUACAUAAAUAAAACUACAUUUUGUAGAUUACAAUCAGAAAACUAAUUUGGGCUAAUUUUGAAGUUAGAUACAUCUUAAGCUAAAGUUGUACAGUACAUUGCCUGGGCACUUAUGGCCACAAUUAAUUUACUUUACAAUAAAUUGUGUCAGAGAUUAAUAUCUAACAAGUUAUUACUGCUUCAGCUAGUGAUUAAUGUCUGUGCAUGCAUGCAUGACUUUUAACAGGCACCAGGAUGGGCUUUCAUCUUAAGUGCGGUUGGAUUGUUCGUGUAUCAGUCACUAGAUGCCAUUGAUGGUAAACAAGCCCGGCGCACAAAAAGUGCUUCACCUUUGGGAGAAUUAGUGGACCAUGGUUGUGACUCAGUUUCGAUGGUCAUAAUGGUCUUAGCGAUCACUGUUGCAAUGGAGCUUGGUCAUGAACCUGCUUGGAUGUUUUUCUUACCUUUUAUGGCAACCUUUAUGUUCUACUGUGCACACUGGCAAGCCUAUGUUACUGGAACUAUUAGAUUUGGAAAGUAAGUAGUACAUGUCCCCGCCACGUAGCACCCAAUCAGAAGCGAAGUGAAAUGAUGGCCGAAAUUUUAUAAUUUAUUUUUGUGAGUGCUACUAAAGAAAGUCUUUAAUUCCUUUUGGAAACAGCUAAAAAGUAAAUUGAGAUAAACCUGUUAAGGAGUUUCUUAGCACUCACAGACUUAAAUCUGGGACCUUGUUCUUUGACAUUUGUUGUUUUGAUGUUUGGGUUUGAAGUAGAAAAUCAGUCGCAAGUGUGAAGGAAAGUUCUUCUAUACUGUAAUGGUAAGUUGCUUGUUAGCUAAUGUGAUGCAGGUGUAAAGUUAAGUACUCCUGAAAGAAUUCAUUUAGAGGAAGCGAACAAUUUAGCAAGGAAUCGAGAUAACCUUCCCAAAGUAGUUCACUUCUUUUUCUAACCAGUUUUACUUGCCUCAAAACGUGAAGGAAGAUACAAGGCGAACAAACUUUGUUAUUUGCCUGAGGAGGGGAAUGAAACAGGGAGUUGAAUAGUUGUACAGUGUUUUUGUUGGAAACAUACAGUGUACUGAUAAUUUUCAUUGAGGUAUACUGUAUGCUUCAUUUUAAUGUUUUUUUAAAUAGCUGUAAAUGCUUGAUUUAAGUCUUUGGGCAUUUGUUGUUUGCAUUAAUGUUGUGUUUGUGGUUAUUUUAAACUAUUUUGCUUUUUACGAACUCAUGCAUCAAGGUAUUGGUUCAGCACUUCACUUCCAAUAUUGAACCUCUAGUUUUUUUUAGCUGCUCACAGGUUAAAAGUAUAAACUAAAGGUCAUUAAGCAUGGAAGGUGUUUUUCUACAUUCUUUGUAGAGCCAUCUGUUGAUAAAUAUAUACCAGUACAUUUUGCUUAAACUAGAAUACUGUAAACUUCUGCUUAUAAGCUGCCCCCACCCCCACCUGGAUAUAAAUCCUUCUCUAGCUUGUAUUGAAAUGAAUUUGAUUUUUUUACGAUGCUUUGAAGUUUUACAAAAGUGAGUAUGUUCAAAAGUAUUUUGAUUAGCACUGCUACAUUGUACAUAGCUUGUUUUGAACCUUUUUUUUAGACUGGUUAUAAGCCCCAAUGACCCUUGAUAUAAGUACUUUUUUUUAUAACCCUCCGAAAACCCCUCCAAAAGAUGCAUAAGCCAAGAGCCUAUCAGUAGAAGUUUACAGAACCAGGAUAUGACAUGGCCGCGCGGGGAUCCAAAUUUUAUCUUCGAGUGCUGAAAGUAUCUCUCACGAGUGAGCAAAGGGAAUGAGUGAGAGAUCCUUUCAGCAUGAGACGAUAAAAUUUUUAUCCCCAAGCGGCCAUGCAAUUUUCUGUUUAUGUCAUAGAUACUCAUGAAAUUCCUACAUAAAACACAACUUUUUUUUAUUCAUUUUCGAAACAGCAAAAUAGUGCAAUUACUGAGUGGUCACAAAACUCGGAUAUAAAGUUAUAAAAGAGAAGUAAAGACAAUAAUACUUAUAUUUUCUGUUCCAAAAAGUCAAAAUUCUCAUGAAGAAGAGAAAAAGUCCACGGUGACACCAAUAUCCUAACAUGUGAAAGAUAAAAAUAGUAUCUUCACUGUUUGCGAUGAAGAUAUGAUUUUUUAGUGAAAGGAAAAAUCCUGGUAUUUCAUCAGUAUCUAUGUAAUAAAUAAAGGUAUUGAAGGAAGUUUUUCUUCUUUGUAGAAUUGAUGUGACCGAACUUCAAGUUACUGGCAUGAUAAUGUUCUUUCUAUCAGGAAUAUUUGGUGUACAACUAUGGUCUUUGCAGGUGAAUGACAAUUAUACUAUUUAAAUGUCUAAUAAUGACCAACAUCAAUUUUCUCCUAAAUAUCCAUAUCCACAUGUAAUACAGUGUGGAAGUAAUUAGCUCUGAUCAGCAUCGUGAUUGUGAAAUUAUGCUGUUUUCGUAUUUUUGACCCUCCUGCCUAAUGUUUCAAUCACCCCAUUUUAACAGUACUAAAUUUAUGGUACUGGGCAAAGACACAACUGGUACAGUGAUUUUGUUUACUAAUAAGUAGUGGGGAGGAAAUUGUCUGUAAUAAAAGUUACAGUCAGGAAUAAAAUUGUUGAUUCAGUGUCAAAUGGUAUAUUAUUUUUUUUGAAAGCCAAACAAUCUGGACUCUGCCCUUUUCCUGUGUCAGAAAAACAUGAAAAAUGUUGUCGAGGACAGCAUGUAUCAACUAAUAAUAUUCUGCUGCUGACUGUAAAUUUAGCUGUACUGAGUUUAGGCUCGAUUUCCGCCGUCUCCCGGGUCCGGUCGUUGAUCCUCCGGGGGAUGAGUGCGGGCUCAUUUGACCGAACAGCGGCUGGUAAUCGAGCCUAUACUGAGUUGGUAUCUAUUUUUUUGAUUGGUUAAAUCAACUGCAUAAAGCUGUCAAUCAAGUGCUGGCUUACUUGUUACAUAUCAACUCAAGACAAUCUAGCUACACUCUAAUUUUUCCCUAAUAUUAUGUGUUAUUGGUAGUCCAUUCAUUUGAAGGAUUUAAGUAAAAGGUUUUGUAGUGGUACAGAAAGUUGCAAAAAAGAAGGAGGAAAGAUCUUCUCUGGCAGAUUAAUUCGCUAUAAUUUUAGAAAUGAAAAGGAAACUGGAGCUGAAAUGUUUACUGCAAUUUGUUUCUGGGAUCGUUAUUGGCGACAUGCCAGUCAGCUUUUGGCCAAUUACUCACAAUGACUCACUUUAGAAAGCUGGUUUACUAACUUAGAACAAACGCCACUGAAAUGUAGUCAACAGUUACCGGCACCCUACAAAUGACUCAUCAAUGGAAUCAAGGGAGACUAACUAAGAGAAAAUGACUGGACAACUGGCAAUUUGACUAACAAUAAGUGACUGUUUAACUGGGCAAUAGACGGAUAGAAAUGCACCAAUGACAUUACGAGUCUUCAUAGCCAAUAACAUCACCGCUUAACUGACAGAUGGCCAAUAACAUUGUGAUUUAAUUGACCUAUCAGGUCAAUAACCAGAGUUUAAUACCAUCAACUGACAUUAUAGAACUCGCUGUGACUCUGAAGAUGACUACCGCACAGGUUGUCAAAAUGUCAGGUCACUGACAACAACAACAGUCCUAUUCAGGACUUUGUUCACCCGGACGAUGAUACUCAACCUACUUAUGGAAUGACCCCUGGGUUCAAACCUUUCACAGUCACAGAAGUCCUUGCUUCUAAAGUGCUGCAUUAGAUUUUUACUUACACUCUUUUUAUUUCUGAGGUACCCUACCUUGAUGUUUCAUUAAAAAAAUUUCUUUUAUGGAUUGCUGUUGGCGGCAGUAUUUAUACUCUUUCAACAACUUUUCUUCAAAUAUAUGAGGGAGGAAAAGGCAAGAAUGGCUCAACAGUAGCUGUAAGUAAAUUUUUAAUAAUUUUUGCGUUUCGGUUGUAAACAGAAAAAAGAAAAAAGAAAGCUGAAAGUAGAAAGAACAGAAUUAAUUCCGUUCUAUCACCUGUGAAGUCUCAUUGGAUUAAAUAAUAAUAAUAAUAAUAAUAAUUUUAAGGAUCAAUUUAAGCCCUGUUUCUGCUCUGUUGUUAACAUAAGCUUGAAACUACAUUUAACACAGUUUUGUUUUCUCUGGCAAUUAUAGGGAACAAGCGUUUUGUCACCGUUGUUUCCAAUUACUUUUAUGCUUCUUACGGCAUACCUUACUGCAAGGACCUCCUCCAGUUUAUUUCAAAAGCACCCCUGUUUAUUUGUCCUGGCGUUCGGUAUGGCAUGUUCCAAGAUCACAAUCAAAUUAGUGGUAUGUAUCGAAUUAGAAAUUUUCUCGCAGUCAGUACCUGUGUAAUACACUAGAGGACAUGUUAACCUGACUCUUAAACUGUGGGACCUCUGGGGAUUAGGCUAAGGAAGUGUACACUUGUUACCUUUAUUUCAUAUUUCACUUCCUGAACGAAAGCGAGCUGCUCUUCAACCAGGAUAUUUUGUUUUCUUUUAGCAUUCUUUAGGGGGAUCUUGCAGCUCUCGAAAGACCUCAUCGGACUGGUUUGCAACCGGUUGGGAAACAAUAAAGACACAAAGUUAACAAUGGAACCUGGCCCGAAAACAAAAGAGCUGCGACCCAUAGGGGUCCAAUUAAAUCAUUGAAGAGCUGCAAGGCUACUGAUUUUUUAAGCAAAAAGAUAACUUGAUGACUUACAUGUAUGCUUUGACUGGGUGCUUCAGAAUUCCCAGAAAGAGUGGUAUUUGACUGCACUACGAGCAAAUCAAAGUAUUUUCGUGAUUGCAUUGGAUUUGCAAUUCUAAGCUAUGCUAUGGGCCCAAAAAUAUCACGCCACUUUCCCAGUUGUUCUUUUCCUUUUGAGGGGAUCAGGGAUGAGGCAGCGACGAGGGUCUUCGCCUCCCAUCAAUGUGGUCUGGGUUGGAAUUCUAGAGACGACGCCAUACACAUGUGGGUGGCACUGCGAUCAAGCGUCUUUCAAGGCGUUUUUUUGUUAGUUUUUGCGGGGAUGUCAUUUGCCAAUAAGAGGAAACGUGGGCAGGAUGUAUAAAAUAAUCGUUACCGUAACCAUCUAAAUUGGGCUAUUACAUUUGAUAUCCGCCCCCCCCCGCCCUCUUCGGGGGUAAGUUAUAGAGUGUUUUCACUCACGUGGCCAGCAUCUAUGCAAAUUUAUUUGAACAACAGAAAGCGUUUGCAUGAGAAAAGAGUUGAACUCCCAGAGGAUUGGAUUGGGACACCAACAUGGCCGCCGUUUCAUUGUUUUGGGACACCAAUAUGGCCGCCGUGACGUCAUGUGAAAACACUCUAAUGGUAGACUCAUAUUCUUCAGGGGUAGACCCCUAUGUUAUGGAAGUCUUCAGGGGUCAAUGCAAUUUUAUUUAAUAUUCAUGGGUAAGGAAAGGUAAAGUCCUCAACCGGGGAGUACGGAUAUAGUUAAAUGCAAUAGCGUAUUUUCAUUUUUUUCGAAAUGAUGGGCUUCUUUUCGUUAAAAACGCUUCGCGCCCGCUGGAAAAUGGUACCGACAAUAACACCGGCUUCAGUUUCAAACACUUACAGUGUAAUUGUUUCUUAGUGAAUUUUCACAAGGUUUAGUGAAUUAACAGUGAAAUUUCUCCCCUGCCUCUUCCCCCCUGCGUUUCAAGCCGUGGAGAUAUAAUACAUUCGAUGUACAAUUAUUUCUCUUGACCGCCGUCAGCUCUUUUGAUAAUUGGCCGCAGUAAUUACAUACACUUUGGUUUUGUUUUAAUAAGCCUCACCUAAACCCCACUUUUACGCGUACUAAAUUGUUGUGUUCUUCUAAAUACUGGUUUAACUGCUUCCAGGUUGGUUGCAUGACACGGAGUCCUGUUGAGGUCAAGGAUUCUACAAUGAUUGGAGGAAUACUACAGAUUCUAAACAUUCAUUACGGUUCACCUAUUGACGAGUAUCUUCUAUUAUGGUGCAUGAUAGUAAGUCGUUUUGUUUCUUCUUUUAUAUGGCGCUUGGUGUACUUGAAAUUCUGAUUGUUGAUCUCCUCCUCCUCAGGCGUAAGUUAAUCUCUUAUCUCUAUGAUAAUCCUGAAGGGUAACCGGUUAUCUCGCCGCCAAACCAUCGAAGUCGCUACCAAGAAGUCGACUCGCCGCCAACCAACUCGCCUUCAAGUAAUAACUCCUUAAUCAAAUUCGAAUAAGUUUGGCGAAGAAGUAAAAAUUCUAGGUAAGUAAUCCUAGGUUAGUAAACACGUCGAUUAAUGCAGAGUCAUUACUUGGUGGCGAGUUGGUUGGCGGCGUGGCGAUUUCGUUGGUGGCGAUAUGACCGUGAACCUCCUGAAAUAUGACUUGAGUACAGUCGACUCUCUCUAAGAUGGACUUUGACAUUGGCCAGUGGCAACUGGUCAUUGAGCAUUUGGCCAUCCAGAACUCAUUGUGCACAAUGAUUUGCUCGAGUAAGCACCAAAAAUAGCUUCCUAAUGCGCAAUUCCCAAUGCCCAAAGCAACCUUUAUUGGAUCAGCUAUAUACAUGCGUGCGUGUCUGAUCUCCGAGGCGUGGAGGGUGGGGGCAGACUGAUUAUUAAAUAGACAUAAAUGCGAGGAUAAUGACGACGAGAACGACGACGAUAAUAAUGAUCAUGAUGAUAGUGAUGAUGAUGAUGAUGAUGAUGUCGUUGUUGAUAAUGAUGAUCAGGGAUGAUAUGAAGGACUAAUAACGAUUUGUCUUUCCGACUUAGGGCCAUGUGAUGUUUGAACUACUGCGCUACAACUUUGCACUGGCGUCAGAAAUAUGCAACUAUCUCAACAUCUAUUUCUUCAGUAUAACACCUCCUCCGAUCAAGUCUGACGACAAAGACAAAUAGUUCGUGCAGAUGUGUGUCCUUAGUAUCAGUAGUAUCCCUAUAAGUACUUAACAUCAGUGUGUUUAAACUAUUUUCCGUUUAUUAAUAGCAACAUGUGCCCUCUAUCAAAUAAUGACAUAGCACCUUUAUUGUGGCCUCUAUAUUAUAUAAUUAUUGCGAUAAAGACUGCGCCAUAAAAUUGAUAGCCGGGCUCAGAGAUCACAAACGGAUGAAAUGAAAUGGCACUGUUCUUUAUGGUCAUUUCUCAUCCAUUCAAUUCUGUUUCUUCUUACCUUGUCUCACUUUUUAUUCAGUUCUAUCUGUGGUCUUGCAUGUAUAAACAAUUACACUCUUAUUGGGGCGGGAGCCGAAGGAAAAACAUGUGAACAAAAUUCAUUGGUUUAACCAGUCAGGUGAAAUCUCUUUUAGCAUUAUUUAACAUAGUACUAGAAGUUUUCAAAACAAGACUGGAGUUGAGAUUCUCUCGAUAUAGAUUUGUAAUUUUCACACUCUUAAAACGUAAAGUUUUAAUACGCAGUUGUGUCAGAGAUAGACUACUAUUCAACAACACUCUCUCCUUUUCGAAGAGUUGCCGUACGGCUGGCAACCUAGAACUCUAUUCUGUAAAGACCUUUUUCCACUCACGUACAUAGGAAUAACUAUUUUCAGUCAGGGCAUCAAUUUGAGAUUUCUCUUGUUAUUUUAUAUCUGAAACUUUUGAUAGGUUUUCCUAAAUUGCUUCCUUUUCUCUCCGAAAAGUAUGGUUAUUUAUUUGAAAGUGGAAUCAUUGUCUUACUUUAUUUGUGUUAUGAUGUCUUUGCUAAUUAAGUUGAUUUUAAUAUAAAUGGCCUGUUUUUACUAAAAGUGGUUAACCUUUACUUCUUUAGAAUAGAAAUGAACCGGCCUAGUUUAUCAAAUAAACUACUCAAUAAAAUACUUAUUUCAGAGCUGCAGGUCAUUUUCUUUCUUGAAAGGCCACGUGUAAGCCUCUCUAUAGUUUCCUGCGGACGUCGUUUUCGUCGCGCAUUUUCCAUCAAAUCGUCAGUGUUUCAACGAAAUUGUUGCAUAUUAACAAUUGUUUUCUGUGGUAACGCAACAAGCGUGCUCGAGCUACCUUGA